AUGAGUUCAGAAAAUAUGGCUCAAGCCUCGCUCACAGAUGGGCUUGAGGAGAGAAUUCGCCAGCUUCAGAAAGAGAAAGCUGAUCUUGAAAGUGAUUUUGGACUCAAGCGGGCAAAGUUUAAAGACAUUUUUGUGGAACAACAAGAAGAAUUAAGUAAAGAGCGGGAAAAAUGCUUGGCUAAUGAAGCCAGAAUAGAAGCAAUGGGCGAAGAACUGUCGAACAUGCGAACAGAAAUGGACAAACUGUUUUUAGAGCUUGAGAGUGUGCGAACAGCAGCGGCCUUGUCUGAGUCCAGUAAACAAGAGGAGAUCAACUGUAUUGUUGCACAUUAUCACCAGGAAGUUGUCAGCUUGCAGCAGCUUCUGAAAGAAGCAGCAGAAUCAGCAGCUGUGACACCUGCAGCGCAGAAUGAAUCAGAGAAAAAUAAAGUUUCUCGCAGCGUAAAUUAUGAGGAGCAGAUCCAGGAAUUAAGGAACAGACUUAGCCAAGAGAAGGAGAGCUUCCUGUCUGCAGUAGCCAAAUCAAUCAAACGUGUGGGAAGCAUUGCGUCAGCAAACACUGCUAGUAAAGAACCUGGUGAGAAUCUGGAAGAAAGUAUGAGAAAGGCCCAGGAAGAGUCUCAGAUACUGAAGUCGGUGGUUAUGCCUCUUGAGAAUGAAAUUAAAACUCUGAAAGCCAAACUGGAGGAGACCGAAGCCAAAUUAGCAGAAACUGGGAAAAAGAGCAGCCCUCUACAGGGCAGCACAGAAUCAAGAGCAUAUGAUUACAGGGGCCAGAUAUCACCAUCCUUGCCAGAUUUAGAUUCUGUUACAGAUAUGAAUGAAAAGGUUGAAAGGCUUUUUAGCUACCUGAAAUCUGAGAAGGCGGCUCGGAAAGAUCUAGAAAUGUAUGUUGCGGUUCUCAGCACACAGAAGAGUGUGUUGCAAGAGGAGGCAGAUAAAGUCAACGGUGAAUUACAGGAUGUGUGUCGCCUCUUGGAGGAAGAGAAGCAUCUGCAUGACGCCCUCAAGCAGACGUGGCAGAUGGCUAAUGACCAGUACUUGGAGUCCCAGCGUCUGAUGAUGAUGGACAUGCGGAGAAUGGAGGGAGUUCUUACAUUAGAACAGCAGCGACAAAUUGCAG